CCUGAUUAAACUAAACGGUUGCCUUCAAGAGGCUGCUCUGAGUUUGAGAAAUUUGUAGAGAAAAAAAGGGGAGACCUUAUAAAUUAAGAGAGCGCCGUUUGAGACACCGAUGCAACUUUUCAAAAGAAGCAAUCAGACAACUCAAGAAGUGAAUGCGAUGCCGAUUAAGCUUUAUUACCGAGAAUAUCCGAGUACGCAGGACGACAACGAACUCGAGAACUCUUACAAAACCGUCGACAGGACAACGUUGAAUUAUUUAAGAAGCCACGAUCCUAAUCUGCCGUAUUCGAUUAACACUUUGCAUCUGCAAAAUCCGUAUCAACCGCCUCAAAUUUUGGAAGGAUACGCGUCACGAGAAAAUUUCAAAGUACGACCAACACCCUUCAAGAUUAUGUACCGAUCGAAAGAUACAACGUUGAGAUCUAGAUACAAUAAGAAGUCGAUGCUCAAAAAAGAAAGUACUCUAGCGCAAAAUUUGGACCAGGAUGAUGAUAAAAAUUCAAGUAAAGGUGAAAAUCAAUUGCGUUUGAAACAUUUGGAUGUUAAAAACACUAUAAAGCAAUACUGUACAAACAGUAGUCUUCAUGGUUUACGUUAUAUUGGUGACUCAAAUUUAACAAUACUCGAAAGAGUCUUCUGGAUAAUUUCGUUUUCUCUCGCAUUUCUAACCGCAGCUUAUUACAUUUGGUUUCUGUACAGAAAAUGGGUUUCAACGCCCAUUAUCAUCUCUCUAAGCCCUGAAUCAGUGUCUCUAAGCGAGUUUCCGUUUCCUUCGGUUACCGUUUGCAAUAUGAACAACGCAAAGAAGAGCGAGGCUGCUCGAAUAAACGCUGGUAACGACGCACGCAAGAAAAUCUUGCUGGAUGAUAGAUGCAAUUUUGAUCAUAAUACGAGUCUAAAUCUUGACGAGACUGCAAUCAAUUGGAACAAUAUGCUACAUUUUAUGAUUAACGUAUCACAAUCCUGUACAGAGAUGCUACAUCUAUGUAAAUGGCAUGGAAAUCUAACUGACUGUGAAAAGAUUUUUAAUCCCACGAUGACCGACGAAGGAAUAUGUUGCAAUUUUAAUUCGGUACACAGGAAAUACUUGUUUUACAAUCCACGAGACUGGUCCGAUCUGAACAUCACGUUUCCGUUUAACAGCAUCGACUGGAGUCCGGAAACUGGUUACGACGAGAACGUGGCCCCGGAUUCCAUACCAUGGAGACCUUACGGUGCUGGACAAUUCUACGGUCUCACUUUAGUCCUUGAUGCGGAUGUUGGGGAGUAUUAUUGCUCGUCUACCGCCAGUGUUGGCUUCAAGUUGCUGUUGCACAAUCCAGUCGAAACACCGAAGAUCGCAGAAUUUGCGUUCUCAGUGACCCCGGGAGAUGAGACCAGGGUAAUCGUGGCGCCUCGGAUAUCGACCGCCAGCAAGUCGAUAAUAUCCGUUCCUCAGAGGAAGAGGAAGUGCUUCUUCACAUCCGAGAGAAAGUUGCGCUAUUAUAGAACUUACACGCAGAGGAAUUGUGUCCUCGAGUGCGAGGCAAAUUUCACGCAGAAGAUUUGUCACUGCGUUCAAUAUUACAUGCCCAAAUCGUCGAACACACCGAUCUGUGAAAAGAAGGACGAGACUUGUGCGACGAUUGCCCGCCGAGCAAUGGAAGUGAAGCUUUACGACGAUGACAUUGGUAUAUCUUCUCUGAACGUUUCUGAAACACCUAGUUGUAAUUGCUAUCCAGGAUGCUUUGAGAUCAACUACAGCGUCCAAAUUUCGCAGAGUAAAUUGGUGCCCUCGUUCUCUAUCUCGGAUAACUAUGUGACGAAGGGCAGGGAAUAUUUUACGGAGAACAUGGCAGUGGUCCAUUUGUUCUUCGUCGACUCUCAGUUUACGAAAUACGUGAAGAACGAGCUGUUUGGAUUCACGGAGUUUCUCUCCAGCACAGGUGGUUUGUUGGGACUCUUCAUGGGCUUUAGCUUCCUAUCCUUGGUGGAGAUCAUUUACUUCGCAACAUUACGUCUAUGGUGCCGUGUACAAAAGAACAAACAGACUCAUAAUGUCCUUCAGGUACAUCCUUUGGAUUCAGGUCAAAAUAUUGUGUACCCCUUUGUACAGUGAUUUAUCAUAAACCACACGGUAAAUACAGCUUACUAGAUCUAUAAAACAAUACACUAAAAAUAUACAUUGUUUUUUACGAGUGUAAACUAUGUAAAAUACAUUUUAUAAAGACGCAGCAGAAAUUUGAAUUUAUCGCUACUGGAAUUCGAGGGUUUCGAUUAUCGAAGAUUUUCGAUUAUUCGAUGUAUCGAACAUGUACAGGACGUAACAAUAGUUGAUCGAAAUUAUCUGAAUAAUUUGACAGUAUUUUAUUUGAAUAAACGUAAUUGCUAAAUUUAUAGAUUAAUUAUACUAAAUGAUUUUUUGUCGACAAUUAUUUUCUUCUAUGAUGUAAGUACAGGAUAAAUUUAAUAGAGCACGCUUUAAUGUAAGCGCAGUUGACUGACUUUUGUCAGACACUGUACAAAGAUGACAACGACUAUGUUACAUGAUACUUUGUUAUAUUAAUACAAUGACAGAAUAGCGCACAUAGAUCAUAAUUAUGUACGGAUUUAAUUUGUUCUGGCGUCUUGAUUACCUAAUUGGUCGACCUCGAUUAACAGAGAUCCUAUUGUAUAUGUUAAAAUUAAUUAUCUGUCAUAGUAUACUUAUUAAGAAAAUAACUUAUUUCUGUCGGUAAGAAGAUAAUUUAUACGUAUAGGGGAACUAAGCAAAAACAAACAAUCUAAAAGAUAAUUUAAACUUUAUGGCUUUUAAAGUUUUUAUGGAGUUGCAACGUAGAAUUACAUGCCGCACGAGAAAAUAUUGACACUCUUAUAAACAAUUACAACCUGUCAUCAUAGUAUGAUAAUUAAAUAACCUAAUCAAAGGAGAGUAUGGAAUCUUUAUUAAACUAUUAUUUUUAAACUAGCUAUCACUUUUCAAAGCACAAAAAGCAAUUUUAUGACAAUAUGACCGACGGUACUUAUUACAAAGAAAUGUAUCUUUUUCAAUGACCUACCUUCAGCGUGAGAUUUUUGAUGAAAUUUCAAUCGUAACCCAGUAUCAUUCUUGGGAAUAUUAUGAGGCGGUUGCAAUGAAAAAUAUUGUCACAUAAAGGAAUUAUAAGCACUCAACACUAAACACACUUCAACAUUUUCCACAACGCCAUGUUUAUUCCUUGACGGUGCGCGUGUGACUAAAUUCACGCGCAGCACGAGACUGUCGACUAUGGUCACGUCGUUCAUCGAACCGGUUGCGCAUGCGCACCACGAAUCCGCCAUUUUUCAAAAUAUUUUCUUCCACGCGAAUUUCAAGCUUUAAUUUUUAUAAAAUUUAAAACUUUCUAUUCAUUUUAUCAAACAAUUAUGAUUAUCAAAUUAAAGUUUGUUGUUUGUUGUCCAACAAAUAGGAAAUUUCUUGAAAAUCAAAGUGAAUAAAAAUAUAAAAUAUACAAAAUGAAAAAUGAGGAAGAACUGAUUGUUAUAAUUGAUGUUUAGACAUACUAAUAUUGUUAGAUACGCAUGCCCGCUAAAUAAAAUUCACGUGAAUCUUCAAAAAUGAAAAUGUCCCAUGGACAUCAUUUAUUAUUAUACCUAAUGUCUGAUAUAAUCGUGCGCUAACUUUUAAUCGGUACGAUUUCCUUAUCUAGGCAAUAAUUAAUAUGAUACAUGUUACAUUCAAAAUUAUAAUUCUAGUUAUAUUGACAGCAGACUAAUCUAAAGUGACAAUCUUUUUUUCCCUUCAUACAAAACGGUGUCUUUGUAUACACGCAUUUCAUAAGUUCUUUCACAGUGGCUUCACCAUCGCUAUUUGCAUAGUUUUUCUUUUUUUCUUUCUUUUGCAAACACAAAGAUAAAAGAAAAAGAAAAAACAUCGAUUUGCCACAUUCUCGGGUCAAGUAAAAAACACGCGAAAGUCGAAGCCAAAGGAAAACGGAAGAUUGAAACUUAAAUUUUAAAAGAGCGCAUCCCGUAAUACAAUUCGCUUUUUUUUUCUAUAUAACACGUGUUACAUGAUAAAAGUAAUUCAUUUUCAUUUUUAACUACAUCUUCCGAAGAACGAUCUUCAGCAUUCUCAUACGGCAAACGAUGAAAAUACCAAGAUCGUUUAAAAUUUACAACAUUCUUGGAACAACGAUUUCGGUAUUCUCACAGAUACAACGACGAUGAGAAUACCGACGAAAAAUCGUUAAAAUUCUCCCGUGAAAGAACGAAAAUAAUGAUUAUCUUCUUCUUCUUCUUCUUCUUCAUCGUACACAUUUGUAUGUAUAACUUUACAUUCGUACUAGUAGAAUAUUAGAAAGUGCAUAGAUUUCCAAAAACUUUUUCCUUUCUUCUUCUUUUUUCUCUCUCUCUCUCUCUCUCUCUCUUUACAAUGGCAAAUGAAAAAAUAUUUCAAUAGAUACCCUGAAAAUAAAUUAUUAGAUUAAAUAUACAGUCUCACAUCGUUAUACGCGUUUUUAUCAAUGUUCCUUUCCUUAUUUUCUUCUCCAGUCGUUGCGAUAGAAAAUUACAAGAUUUUUCUUUUUAAAUUCUUCUAUCUUCUUGAUUUCUACUAAUUUUUUCUUCUUCAAGUAGAAUGUAUGUUCCUUAUAUUUUACAAAGAGGCCAUUCGAUUCAUCUCAUGUACCAUCUCUUUGAUAAAUAAGAAAUCGACACUUCCUCUAUUCCGAUCUAUCUCAAAGAUGUAUCCUCUCCUUUUUUUUUCUUUUCUCUUUUUCUUCUAAUCGCUCGCUCCGCAUCAAAGACUUAACAAUACGACAAUGAACAGAUAAUUUAAUAGGAACGUGUUUCUUUUAUUAUCAUUAUCAAAAAUUCGUAUGAUCAGCAUUUAUUGCCCAUACAACUUGGUGUUAUGUAAAAAUUAAUCUAUAUCGCGAUAGGACUGCAUAUUUCUGUUCUAUUUAUCAAUCCUCCUCUUUUCAAUGAAGAAACUUUUACACAUGAUCCACGUAAUCGUACGUUUCCUUCCUGUAUUCUUUAGUUCCCUUUCUGUUGGCUAGACGACGAGCAUCGUUUGUCAAAAAGAAAUUAAAAUAAUAGGCAAACAAGACGAUACGAAAAUUCGUUUUCCCUUCUGUCUAACGAAGAAAGCUUUUGUACAAAAAAAAAAA